AAGGGUGUGCAGCGCACAUGCUGGCUAUCCUGCGGCGGAGGGUCAUCUCCUUCGCCCACGCGUUCCCCCCGCCGCCUGACACCAUCACCAUCUCACCGCCGCGGCCUAGACCGCAGGAUCAGGUCCUGCACUGCCGUGGACUCGCGCCGCGGCGGGUUCGACCUGGGAAGUGAGCACGGUGGCUAGGGUUCGGAGUGGGGAGAGGAAUGGGGGAGAAACGUAUGCGGUAUGCCUCAACGGCAAUUAGGAGAAAAAUGAGAGGUCCUUCCGACAAAUUGCUGGUUUUAGUCGAUCUGAGCCGUCUGAUUACCGAUCCAACAGCUAGUAUCUUGCACAUGUCAAGGGUUUACUUGUCACUUGCAUGCACGUGACGAACGCCAUGGCGCUUGCGGUUCGUCUCAUCGGCCGCCGCCGGUUCCUCCCGCCGCCGCUCGCCGCCGCCGUUGCUCACCUCUCUGCCGCUUCCCAGAGCCCGUGCCACCACCACCACCCACUUCCGACCCCCGCGCUCCCGUUGCCCCCUCGUGAGCUCCAUCCUUUCGCUCUCCACUGGCGAAGCUUCUCCUGGUACUCCCGCUCCGGCUCCGGGUCUGAUAGCAGUCCCGGCACCGCUGCCGCGGACGCUCGCGGAGAGGACGUGUACAUCGAGAAGGAAAGCGUGCACUUGGAUGGCGUGACAAUCGUUGAUGACGGGGGAGGGGUCGUCAGUGAGGCGGGUGCUGCGGCGGAUGCCGUGGGAGAUGCCGCCGGCGCCACGGCCGACGGCGUCGGGGGAGUGCCGGAAUUGGCUGUUAGCACAGUUUUGGACCUCAUGGACGGGAUCCAUAGCCUCACCGGACUGCCGUGGUGGAUGACAAUCUCCUUUUCUACUGUGGCCAUGAGAUUGUGGAUACUUCCCGUCCUCAUAGUGCAGUUACAGAAGACUGCUGAAAUUGGUGAAGUGUUCCGAAAAGUGUCCACUUCAUUACCCCCUCCUCAGCCUGGAAGCAAUUUCCGUGAACAGUACACUCUGUUCCAGAAGAAAAAGAAGGAGCUUGGUUGCCCCUCAUUUAUCUGGAAUUUUGCCUAUUUUUUGGUACAGUUCCCUUGCUUUAUUCUUUGGAUGACGAGUAUAAGGAGCAUGUGCUUGAAUAAUCACCCUGGAUUUGAUAAUGGUGGGAUUCUGUGGUUCCAUAACUUGACUGAGUUUCCACAUGGUACUUUAGCUCCCAUCUUUCCUAUCUUAGUUGCUGGUCUGCAUUACCUAAAUGUUCAGAUUUCUUUUCAGGGGUCCCAGAUCAAGGAUCACCCAGGAAUUUUUGGCUUGCUGGCUAAGUACUAUAGAAUAUACCUCAAUGUCCUGACUAUCCCUUUGUUUCUUGUCGCACAUGUGGUUCCUCAGGGAUGCCUGGUCUACUGGACUACAAAUGGUUUAUUUUCUGUAGCUCAGCAAUUAUCCUUGAGAAAUGAUGCUGUCCGCAAGCUGUUGGGAUUGCCAGAUACUAGAGCUCAGGUUGGUUACAGAGCACAAAAGUCACCUCUUGAGGUACCUGAGAUGAUGCAGUGGUCACAGCUUGAAGAUGCUAACUUGCAAACGAAAUCGAUGCCAUCUGACAAGGGAACAGCCAGUGAGAGUACAACUCCUAAUUUUGCAAUGGGAAGUAUGGAUGGAAAUAUAUCUGCGUCCAGCUCACCUGAGGAGCUACUUGAACAAGCAUUACAGUAUCUGGGCACAGGCUGCCGAGAUCAAGCCAUUCCACUGAUCAGGACAGCAGUAGAGAGAAACCCAGAUCUGUACACAGCGUUGAUUGGGAUGGGACAAACCCUGUUCUCAAAUAGAUUGUUUCCCGAAGCCGCGGUUUGUUUUGAACAUGCUAUACCAAAGAUUCAAGAAGAUGACCCUCUUCUUGUGCUUGCGUAUUUUGGGGCAGGUCUUUCGAACAAGCGUCAGGGGGAUAAUGAGACGGCAAUAAAACUCCUGGAGAGAUUAGCAGAGCUCAAGGAACCAGAAAAGCCCAUCAACAAAAGCCGCUACUUCCAAGGGAUGCUUGCUUUGGCAAGUAUAUUAUAUAGAGAAGGCCGGAAUUCGGAGGCUGCCAAAUAUCUGCGGAUGGCUAUUGCUUAUGAUCCUUCUGUAGAAAGGCUUCUCAAGGAAUGCGAGGAAGGAAUGGACGAUCAGCCAAAGCCAGAGGAGAAGUGAUGUGCUGGACCUGAAAAAGCCACAGUAACAGAGAUAGCACACCGCUUUUGUUUUUGAACACUAAAACCGCCCCCAGCAGUUUACCCUUUACCCAUAUGAUCGUGCAAAACAGAGUGAAGUUUGAAUAUAUGAAUGCAGAUGGAUAAGCUGCCUAAUACAUGUGGUUUGUCUGGGAAUUGAAAUUCUGGAACGCGAGCCAGCCAAUCCGCAAUUGCACGGUCAGAAUAUCUGGCCGUGCUGCCCCCGUUGAAGUCUGCGGCAACCUCACACACACCAUCAAGUGCGCUUGAGCCUCAAGUCCCAACAUAGUUGUAACUUGUAACAUGAAUACACAACUUGUGUUCUUUGGAAGAAUGUGGUCAUUUCAUUUUCUUUUUUUUAAAGAAUUUAAUACGCGGCAGAAAUUACAGUGAUUGAUUUUUUUAUUAAUAAAAAAUGUGAGCAUGACCUCACGGUACUGACCA